GUCCAUUCCCUCCUUUCUCGUUCCCUCUCUUCUCUGUCUCUGUUUCUCUCCGGAGUCGAGUUACAACCAUAGUCUUGUACAAAGACUGAGUCUGUAAUGGAUUCAGACGAGGGGAAGCUGUUUAUUGGGGGAAUAGCAUGGGACACCACAGAAGACACUCUCAGAGACCACUUUAGCCAGUACGGAGAUGUCUCCCAGGUUGUAAUAAUGCGUGACAAGACCACUGGUCGACCUCGUGGUUUUGGCUUCGUUGUAUUCUCCGAUCCCUCGAUUCUCGAUCGAGUACUGCAGGAUAAGCAUACCAUUGAUGGCCGUACCGUAGAGGCUAAAAGAGCUUUAUCAAGAGAAGAACAGCAGACCUCCUCUAGACCUGGUAAUCUUAAUGCUGGUAGAGGCACUGGUGGUGGUGGAAAUUUUAAGACCAAAAAAAUAUUUGUUGGUGGUUUACCAUCAACACUGACAGAAGAUGGUUUCCGGCAAUACUUUGAAAGCUAUGGUCAUGUAACUGAUGUGGUAAUAAUGUUUGACCAGCAUACUCAGAGGCCUCGUGGCUUUGGAUUUAUCACCUUUGACGCUGAGGAGGCAGUUGAUAGAGUACUUCACAAGGUAUUCCAUGAACUGAAUGGUAAACUUGUAGAGGUGAAACGAGCGCUCCCAAAAGAUGCAAAUCCAGGUGGUGGGGGCCGUGGUGGGGGCUAUCAGGGUUAUAGUGGCUCUAGUGCUACUUCAAAUUUAGUUGAUGGUCGGAUGGACGGAAACAGAUACAUGCAGACCCAGACUUCUGGGGGUGGGUAUCCACCUUAUUCUGGUUAUGGUGCGCCAAGUUAUGGUUAUGGGGCAACAAACAGCGGAGUUGGUUAUGGUGGUUACAGUAGUUAUGGGGUUAGUGGCUAUGGAGGUGGGAAUACUGGAUUUGCAGCUCCAACAGGGGCAUAUGGCAUGCCUGGUAACCUGAAAAAUAGUUGGGGUAGCCAAGUUCCUUCUAAUUAUGCUGCUUCAGGUUAUGGUGCAAAUGCAAGUUAUGGGGCCACAACUCCAUGGAGUGCAUCUGGUGGUGGCAAUUCUGCUUCAGCUAAUAUGGGCCAAUCCCCAGGUGGAACUCCUGGGUAUGGUGGCUAUGGUUAUGGCAAUUAUGGUGGAAAUGAUGGUCCUUAUUCUGCUGGAUAUGGAACAGCCGGUGGGCGCACUGGAAAUGCCCAAAAUAACAGUGCUGGCACCGGAGCUGCUGGGGGAGAACAACAGGGGAGUGGAGGUGGCUACCCAAGUGGUGGCUAUGGUGAUACAAAUGGAAAUUCAGGAUAUGGAAAUGAAGCCUGGAGGUCUGAUCCUUCGCAAGCAUCAGGUGGUUACGGCAGUGGGUAUGGUACAAGGCAGGCACCACAGCAGUGACUGGUGAUGCCUUUAGUUUUGCAGGAAUUCAUACUCAGGCAUCUAUUCAUAUUUCAGUGAUGAAGAACGAGGACAUGACGGCAGCAAAUCCUGGGAAUGGUUGGACUGCUUGAAACCUCAGUUGUAGUUUGCAGUAGUUUUCUGCUAGUAUAUAAUGGCUAGUAGUUUCAAGUAGUGGCAAUAUUUCUUAUCUAUUAGUCACAAUUGUUAACUUAAAGAUUUUUUCUUCUUUUUUUUUAUCUUUUUCUUCUUCCUCUCUCUACUGUUUAGAGCUGGAGUAGUGUUAUAAGCAUUUCCUAUUAUUAUUGAAUGUUGGUUGUGUUGGUAUUUGACUAUUGAUUGUUUAUUGGUUAAUAUAUUAUCAUCUGCUAGAA